GUUCUAUCGCUCAGAGUGUCUGUUCCUGGCUGUUGUCUGACACCUCCUUCCCCAACUCCAUCAUCAUCAUCAUUAUUAUUGUCAUCCCCAUCAUCAUCUGCUCGUCUUCAUCCUCAGCAUCAUCUCCAGCCUCGUUCUCGUUCUGAUCUCUCAUCUCCGUCACUUGCAGCUCCUCGAUCCUCUUGGUCGCCCUUUUUCCUUGGAUCUUCUCUCAAGACUCGGGACCUGUCCUCAUGGAUCCAGAACGGGGCCUUGGGCCAAAACUGUCGCACCACCUGAACUCAAGCAUUAGCACCAGCACCAGCACCAGCACCAGCACCCACUUCGCUACCACCACCAAUGGCCAUGUGCAUCAUCAAUAUCAGCAUCAGCACCAACACAGCUCUACCACUCAUAGCAGCAGCAACGACACUCCAACCAGCACUACCACCAGUACAGACACCGGAAAGAGAUCUCGGGCCAGGUCUAUCUCCCUUGUCCACCAUCCUCAUAGUGGUCACCUUCCUACAGCGCCCCCUCCACCGGGCGUACCGUCAGUGGGAAUGAUUGGAGCAGGAGUAGAGGAAAAAGGCGGCCUAAGUGACAUUGGGUCAAGAUUCUUUGAUUCCAACACUCUGCCCUCGUUCAAGACCCAACUACGCCAACAUAGUCAUCAUCUCACUCACCUCGCGCGGUCCUUCUCUGCGCGGACCAGGCGGUUCUUUCGUUCGAAUGGCAUGUUCCGUCAGGCAUCAGGGACAACUCGCCGUGUUCGUUUCGGCAUCCUCCUGCCAUCGGUCGUCCUUAUAUUAUGGCUUGUCUACGUCGUGAACUCGUUCCUGUUCAGGCUGGUCUUUGGACCCAGGGACAACAGGAUAAACCCCAACGAGCCUGUACAGCCGCCGAGAUGGAUCGAUCGAGGCGACAUUACCGGUCUGGACUUGCGGCCAACGGACGGCGCGGACAUGAUGACGGCGAUCCUGUUGAACUGGUCGAGACUCGAUUCACUCAGGGAGAUUGUCGACCACCUGUGUCCGCAUGUGAUGUUCAAGGAGGUGAUGAUCUGGAAUAACAAGGUCGAUGUUCAUCUAGAGGAAAAGAUGUUCUCAUGCCCCAAGGUGCGCGUCUUCAACUCCCCCAGCAACAUGUUUUUCGUCGCCCGCUAUAUGGCCUGCGCCAUGGCCUCGUCCCCAUAUUGCUACUUCCAGGACGACGACUGGAAGAUCUUCUAUCUCCGAGCCAUGUACGCCAACUUCUUGCGCUUCCCACAAUUCCUGCAUACGGACACCAACUCGGAUGUAUGGUCGCUUACCAACUGGCGCUGGUGCUUCUUUGAGGAUGAGGUGAACAUGCACGCGUGCUUUUCUUGGCUUGGGACUGGUGCGAUGGCUACACGGGAAAUGGUUGUCAAGUUCUUGAAGCAGGCAUCGGUCGCGGAAAUGGAUCCACUUGAAUUCGCCUACGGAGACAUGUACUUCUCGACCUUCCAAAACCAGGUUCCCUAUCAGCUGGAAAAUUAUUUGAUGGAGCUGGUCGAUCCUGCCAAGGAUGUCGUUGCGUUCAGUAAAGGUUCGGAGGGCAAGACCAGGAAUAAACUGUACAUGCACAAGGCAGCACAAAAGGUUUGGGACGCGUUGAAGAGGAAAGACCCGGCCUUUGAGCGGGAGGAACUGCAUCCGACGUACCUAGAACGUGACGUGCGCUCACCCUGUGCAGACGACCGCUGCUUGAUAAUCUCGAACAAGCAUCCAUUUCCCGAUGUCAGGAUGUUUAAAUACCGCCCCUACAUCGAUAUCGAAGAGAGCGAACUAAUCCAUACGCACUAUGAAGAUCCCACGACGUACAUCCGCUUCCCUUUCAGCAAGGCUGUCGACGGCAUGGACGACACCGCCUAUAAGAGCACUCAGCCGAUCGUCCAGGGCGACUAUAUCGGUAUCGACAUGCUGCUUGCAGUAGAACGUAAAAUCGAGUACAGUCUCCUGCACCAAAUGGGAGACCAAUGGAUCCAAAACGCAAGGCUUGAGAUCGCUGGCAGCGAUGCGGUUUACAAAAAGAUCCCUUUCGCCUACAACUGUAAAGAGGUCAAGAACCCCAACUAUAGCGGCAGGGUCUCGAACGCUGUCCUACGUGAGUUCUUGAACCAGCCUUUGGAUCACCACAUUUUUGAUUCCAAGGAGCUGGAGCGGCUAGGAUACAACGAUGAUGAUGAUCAUGUGAAGAAACCGGUUAUGUCCUACUAUGAGGAUUAUGGCUGGAGGACCCAGUGCAAAUUCGUGGUCCAUGAGCCCCUGGGAUUCAGGUUUAUGAGGCUGGUCAGCGGUCGCGACGAGAAAUAUCCGUUUGUUAUUUAUGACCUUGGAUGGAAGGUCCUUUAGAUGAUCUCAUAGAGAUUUAUACAUAGAGAGAAGAAAAAAAAAAAAAGAAAGACGCGUGAAGAGAGGUCUCUAGAUUCAUCAAGACGCGCAAACACCCCCCUGUAGCAUCCUUAAUGUCCAUUAUCUCCAAAUAAACGC